CAUGCGUAGAUCAAUAUACGGAAAGCGCCUCUGUUUUCUGCAGCGGUCCGAGUUUUGUCCGUGUAAGCAGAGACAUGUCGCAUUCCCCGGACUCCCACAGCCUACUGUCUGCCUCUUCCCAGCUGAACCUGAUGGAAGUGGACUCGAUUGAUGAUAAGGAGUUUGACAUUCCACAAGUGGACACACCUCCCACACUGGAAAGCAUUCUCAAUGAGCUGGAGGAUGAGGAGGAACCGUUUGUACUGGAGGACACCUGCAUCCUAAACACAGACAACAUGGAUGCUCACUCCUGCGAGACCUCCUCUCUGGCCAGCUCUGACAGCGGAGACCCAUCACACCUUAAACGAAGGAAGAGGACCGUGGACAUGAGUUCAACAGUUCAUGGAUGUGUCCUUCGACACAGCCUGCUGAAGGGCAUCUCUGCACAGAUCGUGUCUGCUGCUGACAAAGUGGACGCUGGACUUCCAACAGCUAUAACAGUGUCGGGUGUCAUUGCUGUGGGAACGUCUCAUGGUCUGGCUUUGGUCUUUGAUACCAACCAGGCCUUGCGGCUCUGUCUGGGUACCAAGACGACUGGAGCAGAGUUUGGCGCCGUCUCUGCCCUGAGCAUCAACCAUGACUGCUCACGACUUCUCUGCGGGUUUGCCAAAGGACAGAUUACAAUGUGGGAUCUAGCCAAUGGGAAGCUUCUGAGGACCAUCACUGAUGCCCACCCUCCUGGGACAGCCAUUCUGCAUGUGAAGUUCACAGAUGACCCAACUAUUGCCGUGUGCAAUGACAGUGGAGGAUCUGUUUUUGAGCUGGCUUUCAGGAGGGUGAUGGGGAUGCGGUCAUGUGACUCUCGAUGUCUCUUCAGUGGUUCUAAAGGGGAGGUGUGCUGUAUCGAACCUUUGCGUUCUCCUCCGGACUUCAGAGACCAUCCCAUCACGCACUACUCUCUGCUCGCUAUGGCAUCUCUCACUAAGAUUCUAGUCAUUGGAUUAAAGCCCUCCCUGAAAGUCUGGAUGACAUUUCCUUACAAUAAGUCGGAUCCAUCCAGCGUUCCUCAGCUGGCCUGGCAGUUUGUUGCUGUCCAGAAGAUGGUCAAUCCAGUCCUGGCUUUUUGCAAAGGAGAUACCGUCCACUUCCUCUUGGUAAAGAAAGAGGACUCGGGGACGAUCCACGUCAUCAAACAGAGACAAUUCCAGCUCAGCUGUGACAUCAUCAGCCUAAGUUGGAUUAACAGCCGUACGCUGGUCCUGGUGGACAGCCACGAAAAGCUGCACGUGGUGGACCGGCCUAGCCAAGAGGUUUUGGAGACUCUGGACUUGGAGCAGGUGCAGCUGGUCUAUAACAGCCGACAUUUCAAAUCAUUGGCAACUGGAGGAAACGUCUCCCAGGCUCUGGCUUUAGUUGGAGAAAAGGCUUGUUACCAAUCAGUCUCCAGCUACGCAGGACAGAUUGUGUAUUUGGGCACCAAGUCAGCUCACAUUAUGACUCUACGGAACUGGAGAGAGCGCAUUGACUGCUUGAUGAAGCAGGAACAUUUUGUUGAAGCCCUCUCUUUGGCCUGGUCCUUUCACGAGGGAGCUGCUAAGGCUGUGGUUGGCCUGUAUGGAGAUUCUCUGAAGAGGAAGGCAGUGGUCAGUGACAAGAUGAUCGAGAUCCUUUUCCAGUUUGCUGAGCAUGCUUUGAAAAAGUGUCCAGAACAAGGCAAAAUCCAAGUGAUGGAGCAACAUUUCCAGGAUGUAGUUCCAGUCCUGGUGGAUUACUGCCUGCUGCUACAGAGGGCUGACCUCCUGUUUAACCAGCUGUAUUCGCGGCUGGUAGAGAAUAUGGUUGCUAAGGCUGUGUUCUUGGAGUCGCUGGAGUCGUACGUUGUCGCUGAUCGUGUUGGACACCUCACUGCAGCCAUUAUGAGGGACCUCCUUGACCACUACCAUAGUAAUGGUAUGAUGGACAGUCUGGAGAGAUGCAUCGUCCACCUAGAUGUUACCAGCUUGGACAUCCAGCAGGUGGUCCAAGUAUGUUGGGAGAACCAGCUCUAUGAUGCAAUGAUCUACGUUUUCAACAGUGGGAUGAAUGACUACAUCACUCCAAUGGAGAAACUCUUUGCAGUGAUUGGUCCAACACUUAAGGAGGGAAGGAGCCUAACAGAUGAGAACGUGGUAAUGGGAAACAAACUACUCGUGUACAUAAGCUGUUGUCUUGCAGGGAGGGCGUAUCCACUUGGAGAUAUCCCAGAAGACCUUGUGGUUCAAGUCAAGAACCAGGUUUUCGACUUCCUAAUCCGUCUCCACUCAGCCGACUCGUCCGAGGAAGAGGACGUUUUCCCAUUUAUUCGUACACUCCUCCACUUUGACACCAGGGAAUUUCUCAAUGUUCUCGCCAUGACAUUUGAGGACUUUAAAAAUGACAAGCAGGCCCUUGAGUACCAGCAGAGGAUAGUGGACAUCUUACUUCAGGUAAUGGUGGACAACGCAGACUUCACUCCCUCCCAAGUGGGCGGGCUCUUCACCUUUUUAGCUCGUCAGUUGGCCAAACCAGACAACACCCUGUUUGUGAACAGGAAGCUCUUUGAUCAGGUGCUGGAGUUCCUUUGUUGUCCGGACGAUGAUUCCCGACACACUGAAAGGCAGCAGGUUCUGCUGGAGCUCCUGCAGGUCGGGGGCGUGGUCCAGUUUAAUGAAGAAAGACUCCUGAUGCUGGCAGAGAAAGCCAAGUUCUACCAAAUCUGUGAAUUUCUUUAUGAGAAGAAUCAUCAGUAUGACAUGAUCAUUGACUGCUACCUGAAAGACCCCCUCAGAAAGUGGGAAAUCUUUAACUACAUCCACAACCUGCUGUCCAUGCCUGGAUACAGCCACGAGGAAAAACAACGAGUCAAGAGCAAAGUGCUGAAGCACAUAAGGGACGUGGUGACCCUUGACCCCAGCAAAUCAGCUGACUUAGUGCUGUUUCAUUUCACCUCCGAGGUGCAGCACAUCGUCUCUGAGCUUCAGGAUGAUCAGCUGCUUUUCAAUUUCCUCAACUGCCUCUUGGAGCCACGGGAAGGCCCUCAUUCAGGGUCCAUCUUACCUCAAGAAGGUGACUUCCAUGAGCUUCUGCUGGAUUUAAUGUGCCGCUUUGCCCCAGACCAGCUUCUGAGCUUUCUCCACACCUCCCAGCACUACAGACUAGAAGAUGCAAUACAAAUAACUCAGAAGCACCACUGCCACGAAGCUACAGCCUACCUGCUGGAGAUGAAAGGAGAUGUUCACGGAGCAUUUGCUGUCUCAUUAGAGACCCUGAAGGAAACACUGUGUGCUCUGACUGCUGAGAGUGACAGUGGAGCGAAGGAUGGGAGAUGGGACGAGGCUGUAAGAACUGAAUCGGUGCUGAUGAAAUUAAAGGAGUCUGUGAAUGACAUCAUUGUCUUCUGUCAUCGAAGUUGUCAGGGCCUGGACCAGAAACAGAGAGAGGUUCUCUGGUUUCCACUGUUGGACACAAUGAUGGCGUCUCAGAAACAAGUAAAGGGGCUCAAUGCUAAACACACCUCUGAUGUGCUGAAGGAGCUCACGAUGAAGGUUCUCAACGCUAUGAGCAGCUUCAUUUCUUUACCUGCCAUCAUUCAACAGAUCCUGCAGGAUCCAGUGUAUGGCAAAGGCAAGCUGGCGGAGAUUCAAGGCCUCAUUCUGGGUAUGCUGGACACGUUUACCUAUGAACAGACUUUACUUGAAACAACCACCAAUCUGUUGAACUACGACCUCCACUGGUCCCUGGCUCACCUGCGUGCUGCUGUCACAAGAGGACUCCACCCACGACAAGACUGCUGUAACAUCUGCCUCCAGCAGUACAAGAGGAGGCAGGACGCGUCUGAGGAGAUCAUUGUUUUCAGCUGUGGUCACCUGUACCACCUGCAGUGCCUGCAGCAAAAGGAUUGUGUGUGGGGCUGUGCUUCAGAGCUGCAGCGGCAGUGGAGGUGCUACAAGUGUUCGGCCAUCCACGGAGGAAGAGUCGGGCCUUCCACUGAACCAAAGAGAGUUUUCGAGUCCGUGCGAUGUGGUAACACGUGUGUGCGUGCUGCCGGGGGGUCCGUGUUGACAUGCUCUGAUGUUGCGUUUCAUGACAUGGGCGGAGCUGGGCGGCCUUCCAAACAUUGCUGUUUUGAUUUCAUUGUUGAGUCCAAGGAUGAGGAACGUUGUACUGAAACUAACAUGGCUGAAACAACACUGUCCCUCUCUGUGCCACAGACACAUGUGACAUCAGCACGCCAAGACACAGGGGCGUCGGCUCUCAGGAAGAAGGUGUUCGCUGAGGCAACACUGGACCUUCAGCAGGAGCAGUCCUGGGAUGAAAUCCGCUGCUUAUACCGAGGACCAUCCAGGUUGUCCAUGCUUUCAGAAGUCUCCCACUGCCACGAGAAAACAGGAUCUCUGUUCUCCGUCCAGCUGGGAACAGAAAGUUUCCAACUGAAACUCUCUCCUCCGCCUCUCUUCGAAGAAUAACAUCAUGACUGCUUGAGGACAACAUUUUCCUUUUGCUCUUUUCAACACCAAAGUCCUUUGGCAGUAGCUGACGUCAGAUCUCGCUUUAGUCCCAGUUAUUCCAUCUUUCUUUGUUUUUUACUGUGUACAACUUUACCCAAAAUGUUGGUUGAAGCAAUGCUGCAGAAGUCUUCAGCUGGAUAAGCUCUGCGCCUCAUCUGGCUCAUUUUGAAAUAGAAGUUGAUGUUUGGUGUGAGUUAAAGUUCGAUGCAGCAGUUCAACUCUGAGGUGGGACUUCCAGGGAGUGAUCUUUAAAAAACAUGAAAACAUUGGAUCGCAUCUUGUAAAUCAUUGUGAUAAUUCUCAGUGUAGCUUUGCUGAACACCUCAAAACUGUUCAUAUUUACACUAAUAUAUUAUUAAUGACCUGUGAAGAUUUUCAACAUUUUCCAGAAAUAUUAGAAAAAACGAUGUGCUGUGUAAAUUAAAUGAAGCACUGGUGUCUUUAGCAUAAAAAUGAGUGUCCCUGUGUGUAGCCUGAGCUUUUCUGUGUAGAGGCAGCGUGUGAUUGUCAGUCAAACAGGAAACCUUGGCCUUCUCUGUUUAAAUGAUAAAGAGACUAGAGGGAAAACAAGGAGUGAAAUUAAAGCUCAAAUAUGACUAAAAACCACUUCAAAUGUUGUUUCUGUUGGAGUUAUCCUCCUGCUCCACAUGCUCGGUUUACAGCACAUUAUGGCUUCAUUAAUAAAUUGACCAGAGCAACAAAGGCCCGAAUGAUUCCCAGCAAAUGAUGGUUUUCUGUCUCCUCUGCCACAUAUGUGUACAUAUUCAAAUCAUUUGGCUUUCUGUUGCACAUUAUGUGGUGACUGUAAUGAUUGAGGCUGGAUGUUGUGAUGUGUUACUUGUAACAGACGAAGCAGAGGGAGGUUCGGCCCACGCAGUGCUGUUCUGGGUUAUUCAUCUUUACAUUUAAAAAGCUCCCAUCUGAAAACAUCGAAUCAAAUUUGUCAUCAGUGACAUCACUGAUACUAAAUCCUUCUUGAGUGUUUCUCCUGCCUGAGAGCUGUAAGAACGGGGACUUAAACUCUGCUUAAUAAACCAGCACGUACUGUAUAUUGUC